UGCCAUAUAAAAUGGGCAAGUGCUCAACUUUUUUGCAUAUAUGUGAAUAACUUUUAGGGAAAAUUACGCCCCCUUCUUUUGUAGUUUUUUUAAAAUUACAAGUGGAUUUAAUGGUUUGAAGAAAUUACGCCCCUCAUUUGGCUUUCUUAAGAUUCUUACAAUUAAGUCUAAUCCGGUAGUCACCGUGAAGUUGGAAUUGUUAAUUGCUAAUAUCACUUAAUAUCAUACCAUCUAAUAUAAAAAAUGUCUUUAUAUAAACAUGAAUUUACCUUAUAUGCCUCUCCAUGAAAACAAAACAAAAGAGGAAAGACAGCUUCCCCUCAUGUCGUCAACCAAAUCCAUUACGUGGUUGUACAAACUAGUAUGCCAUAGUAGUCUUAUAUUUUCUUGGGCCUAAUGAAUAAUCCAGGACGAUAUGUGGAAAGAACCAUGUCAAGAAAGAGGGGAAAUUGCAACAAAAGGAACAAUGUAACUGGGACACUAGCAAGGAAAGUGAUGGGAAUGGCAAGCCAUAUAUACUGUUUAAUGAGGAUACUGAGAGGAAAUCUUUAGAUUAGCAUGAGAUUUGCUUAAGCUGAGGGUUUUCUUCAAAUUUCUCUUAGUUCUUAAGUGGCUCCAGACAAGCUGUGUUGGGGUCAUCAUCCAAAUGGUGUGUUCUCUGUUAAAUCUGCAAAAGGAAACUGCAGAGAAAGAGUUGCUCAUGAAAGGACCAGGAUCUAUCACACUGGGAAGGCUGCUAGCAAUAUUUCAGUGUCUCAUAUCAGUGGCAGAAGGUCCGCUCGAGGAAGAGCAGCAAGAUGCUGGUCAGAUGGAGUCGGAUGAUGGUGAGAUGGGGCUCAUGUCUGAUGUUCUAUUGCAUCUCUCCUCACUCUGUAAUGCUAAUUUUAUCACCAAAGGAGGAACCUGCCCAUUAGAAGGAUCCACUUGGUACCGAUGUAAUGUGGCUGAAGAAAUGGCUUUAAAGGUCGCAAGGAGCUUGCAGUUCCCUCUAUCCAAGUAUCUAUAUAGAAGAUGACCUGUGAAGCGGGUAUGCACUUCUGAUCUGAUUUCUUGUUUACACAAACAGACCUACUCUUGGAGAUAACAAAAGACUUUAUGUU